AUGCCGACUGGGUCACGAGUCCGGCUUGAAGCUGAUGGGCUCCCAAGCAUUGACUUUGCCGUGAGGUCGCCCAAUGUGGACGACAGCUCUUCGGAGGAAGGGCAGACAGCCUUGAUAGAUGCAGGGGUUGAAGCAAAUGCCUUUCCAAGUGCGGCUCCGGACAUGUACAUGCAUGAGGUCGAGCCAACAGAGAUGGAUCCCACUGCUGAGACGCCCCCGCGCGAGAAGCCCCGAGUGCCCGGUUCUCCUCCACCCCUGGAUGUCGAAGCUGAGCAUGCCGGGCCGUCUCAUGGAGUUCGGGGCGCAUCUCCGCUCAGUGCCAAUUUGCGCAGCAUGCCAUCGCCUUUGCGGACUGGGAGACGAUCCCUUUCACCGAGAGAGGCCCGUACUCGCGGAAUGGGCCAAACCUCCGCCGCCAUUCCAGAGAACGAACGAGAAAUGCACCUCGGUGGCAGAGAGUCACGAAACUUUGUGGAGGACAGCCUUAUGGGCACGUCACCAUGUACAGAGCGGUCCAUGGACUCUUUGGCAUCUUUCUUUCGUGAUGGGCACUACUUCGUACCUUUGAGGCUGUCAUCGGUAGACGAGCCGUUGGCAGAACCUGCCCAGCACCCUCGAGAGAGUCACAUUGACCGUCCCCAUGAUACCACUAUGCAGAGCUGUGAGCAUGGGACACCAUGCGUGGCAUCCUUCCCUUGUCCCCUGACUUGUGGUGGACCUGGUAGUUUGAUUCCAGGCGCAAGGCGGCCAGCUGCCUUGCCUGCAGCGUUGCCCACAGCUUUGCCUGCGGCCAUGCCGUCCAUGGCAAGCAUGCCUGAGCCACCGGAGCCUCCAGUGCGGCCCACAAGAGAGGUGGAACACCCGGCCGUUUCAGGCUUCCCCUCACGCGCUGGAGUUCCACGCAUCCCCGCCCCAACAGAGUCCAUUGACCUGCCAAGCGGUGAAGGGAGGCAUGAGCUCAAUGAGCUCCCACGACAUGUGCCGUGCCCAAGCAGGGCCCCCAUACUGGCAGGGACAGCCGCUCCGCCAAUGCGCCAUUUGCCAAGCUCAGCUUGCAUGGCCGCUGAUGCAAGAGUGGCACAAGAAGAGCCUGGCAGCGCCCACAUGUCAAACCCAAGCCGGCCCGGCGAGGUGCCAGCCUAUGUCAGAACGACAGGAGUGCCUCCCACAAGUGCAGAGAACACUCACUUGGCAACGGCAACGGAGGGGCUUGCCAGGCGGCAUGGGGAGGCAGACUUGCGCACCUCCGGGCCGAUGCCUUCCACAACACCGGCGCCACCGCCCCCAAACGGAACCGGUGGCUUAUCUGUGAGCAGCAUGGCCUCAAUGGCCCCACCCAGCUGGGGAUUCGCAGGUCUGAACUCAGGACACAUGACUUCUGUGCCCAUGCAGGGGGGGCCGCCUCCUACAGCCAGGCCUCCGGCACCAGCACUUCCAGCACCGGGCAUAUCUCAGGGUGCUCCGCCCAUCACGGGUGCUCCGCCCAUCACGGGUGCUCCACCCAUCACGGGUGCUCCACCGCCAAACAUGUACACAAGUUCAGGCCAUGCAGUGCCCCCAUUCCAUCGAGAGUUUACGGGAGUGGGUGUUGCUCCGCCACCACAGGCUUUGCCAAAGGUUGCUAUGCCCCCACUAGCACGAGCAUGGGGAACUCAGGGGCCAAUGGCAGCAACUGCACAAGCACCUUCUUCUGUACAAGCACCUUGGCCAAUGCAGGCUGCCAUGUCAGUCCCGCUUGCAUCAUCUAUGCCGCACCAAACCUCGUCGCUUCAAGUGCCAGUCCCGCCAGUCCGAGCCGAAGUGCACACAGCUGGUCGUAUGCCUCCAGCCAUGGUGGCGGAGACGCUGCCUGGAGGCGGACGGGGCACUGUGCCUGCCGAAGCCGCAGAGCGUCCGAACUCUCAAGGGCCAGCUCCAGCCAGCCAAGAGACACUUGCAUCUGCUCCAAAGUCCAGUGGCCCCAUUCCAGCUUCUGAUGCUUCAGCCCCGCAUGCUUCAGCCCCGCAUGCUUCAGCCCCGCAUGCUUCAGCCCCGCAGAUGAGCCAGACUGGCCUGCCCCCCGAUCCCGAGUCAGCAAAACAGCUGACUGUUCCGGAAGCCUUGCCAGUCCCUGCAGCCUUGGGCUUGGCACCAGAGGCUGUUGAGGAAGUUGGGGCUGAGGCGGCUGAGGCUCAGGAUCACAAAUCGCCUGCAGCAUCUCCAACUGCUCGCUCACCGUCUUUUGCAGCAGGCGUGCCUGAUUUGAUGAAUCUCGACCAAGAUGGACUUCCUGAGAUGACAACACCACCUCCGGACAUGAUUGAGAGAGGGCAGCAGACCACACCAGACAAGGCAGUUGCUCCCAGUAGGAGGAGGAAGCGAGUUGCAGAGGAGAAACCCCGCACCCCGAAGGAGGGCCCUUUCGAGCUAGUCACAGUGGGUAUGGACAAGCUCAAGUGCCUCAACCAGGAAGGCCGACCACGUCGCCAUCAAAUCCGUGUGCUUGAACACUGGCGCAAUGAACGUGUGCUGUAUGAAAGGGUGCGCGGGUCGGCGAUGCCGACAGUAUGCGGCGUGGUCGUUGCUCAGCCAUGUGACGACACAGAUGCUUCACAGGAGCGCAUCCCGAUUGGCCUCACGGCCAAGUUCGAUGAUGUCUUCAGCCCCUGCAGCAGCAAGAAGUCUGACCUGUCAUUCCAGUCAGGCGGGCUCAAUGAGGAGGAUGCCAUCACGGACAGCUUGCGCAAAACCAGAGCCACAAAAGUGAGGCGACCCGUGGCGCGAGCUGCCAGAGCCGCAAGUGCUGCAGCAGCCGCUACCUUGGCGGCAGGUGCACCUGAGAGGGCUUUGCCAAGGAGAACGCCUGCAGGAUUUGUGGAAGUCCCAGCAGCUGCAGGUUCCACGCACGCGUGUGGGAUCAGAGUCGGAUUGGAAAAUGGCAAGUGGAUGUGUUGUGACAUCCGCAUCCCUCCACGUUCCUUCAACACUCCAGAAGAACUUGCUGAGAGCAGAUCCCUCCUGAUCUAUGUCACAUCUUGCGAGUUUGGGACCCUAACUGCAGCCGUCGACACGAAUAUCAUUGACUUAUCCACGGGGCAUUCCCUCGUUAUCCGUGCAGGACAAGAGUACUGCUUGAGGAACUCAUCCGCUGCAACAACGGCCCAGCUGAAGAUGGUGUUGAUCAACCAGACGAUGCCUUGA